AUGAUGAACCGAUUCCGGAAGAAUAAGAAGGCCAAGGAGGUCAAGGAGACCUUGGAUGAGCUGGAAAAUGGAUCUUCCCAAUCCCCAUUCAGCUUGAAGCUGUCGAAGAAGAAGGAUUCUGUAGAGGAACUACAACACCUUGACCUCAUAGCAGACGCCCUCCCGUCAUCAGAUGAUUUCCGCACCAGUUUGCUUAUGCCAAAGCUCUCUGCUCGAUUUAGCAUGUUGAGAGAACAGGACGACCCGACCUCGAAGAUUGGCAAGGCUAGUGAUGACAGCGUCCUGUUUCCCAAGCGAGCUUCUCGAUUGAACCUUUUUGGACACAGCCCGGCAAUGCUUACAGAUAUUGAUGAAGUUUCCUCGAAUGAUGGCAGCCGGCCUUCGAUCGCCUUGGGGCGCACCGACUCUUAUGCAUCUGGAGGGGAUGGGGGCUAUGGGACCGACGAUGACCGAUCACACAAUGGGAGCAUUAUGAGCCGAGCCCGUCGAGCUGAAGGAAACAAUUUGUUUGGUGGCCGUCAGAAGGUUUUCCGCAUCCCAAACCGGUCUCCAGGGGGAUCUUCCCCCAAUACCGAGAGCCCGCUAGGAAUGGGCAAAGCAGUCUUAGAUCACGAAUUGAAUUUGUCUGCUUUCCAACGGCUGAGGCUGCAAGAGAAGCAGGAAAGGGAGGCGGCAGCUGCAGCUGCAGCUGCCCAAGAGAUCGCUUCGCCGGACUCUGAAGAUACGCCUUCUAUUUCAUCUACGAACCGGACCACUCUUUCAUCAACGGCAUCCGACCCCACAGCAAAUGCACGCUGCUCAACUGCAGCAACUUCGAUCGAUGAGUCUCAAUUCAUCGGAUCUCACCUGCAGCCACAGGGUCCAUCGCACACCGCCCCGGUCCCAGAAUUCCAAAUGGAUGGCCGGCCGCAGUCCGGCAUGUCGAACCCGAAAACUGGGUCGGUUCGAUCUCGCCGUUUAUAUGGCCAGGGCUUGACACAGAACGUGCAAAACCAGCAAAAUUCAACCCUGCAUCGGUUGGAAAGCCUCAGUCGCCAGCGAUCUGGUACCCCGGAUCUUCUGCCUUUGAACCGCAAUUACUCCAAGAGUGCCUCAAACCUUCGUGACCGACUACAGAAGCUUGCUAUUGCUGAACCUUCUGGUCCUCGACCCUCUAGCCCUCCCUCGUCUGCAACUUCGCCAAAGCAAAACCACUCCCUGGAGAUGCAACCCAGAGAGCGCAUUUCGCCCACAGCAGGCUCUUUCGGCACACCGCCAUUGAGCCCACCUUCUAGCGAAACAGAAGAUAGUCAGUCAUUGCUAGCCGCAGCACUCAACCCAGAAGAUCACGGAAAAGCAACAGCGAUGGGUCUGUUCAACAGACCGGCUACUGGUUAUGAUGAACAGCAGUUCGUCCGCCGCCAGCUCCAGCUGCACCAGGGACGAGACACACCGCCUCCCAGGAGACCCUCUUCGCCCCCUCGCGUCGACCAGCCAGGUCGUCUUCGUGGGCUUUCCAAGUCGAGCUAUCGCUCUAGAGCCGAGUCCGCCUCUUCACACUACAGCAGUGAUGCUCAUGGCAUGGAGAGUGUAGAAGCCUCUCCCCGUAUGCCGGGGGGCAGAACUUUUUAUGCCGCUUCGACCACGAGUGAUUCGGGAGAUGAAGGCGAUGAUCGCCGCUCAUACGAAAUGUCUUCGGUGGCAUCUGUAACCACAGAUUACGGUCUUUCCGGAGAGCAUCUUGAGACUUUGCCUGAAGUGCGGUACUCGGAUCUUGGUGAUCUGAAACCAAUUGACGAGAACGAAUUCCUGGAAACCCAGCCUUCCGACAUCGCUGGUUCUGUGACUCCUGAACGCCCAGACUCCCCAACAAUCCAACCAUCUGGAUUCGGCAUGGAUGGUAUUAGGUCUCACUUGCGCUGUGCGAGUGACAAAUCUUUGAUCUUCCGUCCCGCUUCCCCAAUAUUGCCAAUGGAUGAGGCGAAUUCCAAGAAGCUCGAGCCCCAAGUGUCUGUUGUCGAGGUCCAGCCUAGUCCUGUGAUGGAAGAUCAACCCCAUGUGGAGACUAUUGCCGAGUCGACUGAGGCGGAAACCUCAAGCACACUGGAUUCAUCCAGGGAGUCUGCAGAGGUCGCAAGCCGUGGCAGCGAAGACUCCGAUGCUAUUCCUUCUUGGAAGGAAGAGCUGUCAUACCACCACCGCCGAGAUGGAAGCUCCGAGACUCAAAGAGAGCGCGAGGAGUUCGCCAUGGAAAUUGCUGAGCGACGCCGGAAGAUCCAAGAGAAGCUCCGAAGUGUCGCAGAAAGUGAAAGCCGCUGUAGCAGCCCUACUUCUGGUCGACAGACCCCCGAUCCUCUGAUCAAGGCUGGCAAUGCUUUCUCCAUUUUGAAGCACAAGUCGAGCAAGCAAAUGGUCUCAAAGAACGAUCUAUAUGGAUACAGCUCUUCCACUCCUUCUCUUGUUCCGGAAGACUCGUCCCGUGAGGACCGACCAUCUCUCUUCAGCCGUCACUCCAAUGCCAGCGCCCCCCAGGUCUCAGAGCGGUCCUUCCGAUCCCGCAUGCCUACACUCAGCCGCAGCGCAUCUCGCGAGUCAAGCCGUAGCCGUGGCACGUCGCCGCAGUCUAGUAACCGGGCCCCGAGGGAUCGCUCCAGCUCUGAUGCCUCCGGCCGAUCCAAGAGUCGCACCAGAUACCGUGAGCGGGAUGAUCUUGAAACCGUGGACGAAGGCACUGUCAUCGCCCAUGAGAACUUUGUUGUCCCCGAAGGUUUUGAGCCGCCAGUACCUGCUUCAGUGUCGAGCUCAACCCGUCCAUCCAUGGAGUCUGCUCCAGAGCCCGCUCCUUUCGACCGGUCUACGUCUGCCGCGUCGGGAAGAUAUCGCAGUGCUAGCCGAUCGGGCACCCCGAGCUUCCAGUACGAGCGACACCAGUUCAAUCAGGCAUCCCACCCUCCUUCAAUCAUUGGUGCUCCACCGCGUGCAUGCCCUGCUACCCCCGCAUACUCAGCCAACGCAACUCCUCCGCUGAAUGAGGUCCCCUCAGACCAAUCCCCAACCAGUGCGGCCAACUCUCAAAACCCGCCUCAACGUGGCCUGGGUAAUAACAUGCUGCAGAAGCGCCCAGUAAAUAAGAAGCUCAUUUCUGAGCCCACCUUUGUUUCAAGCACCUCCAACGUUCCCACAGUUGGUCUCCCAGGAGGUUCGGCCCCGACUGCGACUCCACCACUCCCACCGAUGAACCCUCGCCGCCGCCGUGGCACACAAACCAUUCUGUCUGCUUUCAAAACCGAAUCACGUGUCUCAUCUCCUGCCCCUAGCAUCAGCGACGAGCACAGCGUCUUCCCAGAUGACGAGAAGCGUCCUCGAUCCCGCAGUCGCCUUCGCAAGAAGUCGAUCGAGGGAGGUGAUCGAGCACGUCAAGACUCAUUCGCAGGCCCUAUCCCUGAUAUUCCACAUUAUCCACCCCCUGCCGUCCCUGUCGAUGGCGGUAUGUUCUAA